AUGUCUUGGUUAAUUCUCAUAGGUGCUGAAGAACGUAUCCAUGGGACUGCGUAGAGCAUUGCAUCAAUGGGUGUGGAUUUCAUCCCUCCAGUAAUUAGUCGUAAUGCUUGGUUGUGUGCCUUCUCGAGUGGUUUGAGAGUCACCUCUGUGGCCCCUCCCCAUCAUCUGCCAAUCGAAAUUGAGGACUCCACCCUCUCACCCCAUCUCCUCACUUUCAUUCUCACCAAUGACCAAUGA